AUGUGUGUGUGUGGAGGUGUGGCGUGGACAGGAGAGGAGAGAGAGACAAGUGUCCCACUUGUGCAACAAUUAGCGGCAGCGAUUGGCCGCUUCCUCGCGCCGCGCGCUGCCGGUGAGUCGUCACCGGCUGCCGAGUGUCCACUCGGGCUGCAGUCCUGCACCUCUGUGAACGUGAAAGUGUCUGCCGGCAGCGGCGCCAACUCCAGCACAGAGAUCGUGUCCGCCCGACAAGCUGGUAGAGUGAAUCACCCAUGCGGCACUGAGUGUUUAGAGCGCCGGUACGUUUGGCUCCUGUGGCGUUUCGACCCGCGCGCUCCUCCUCAGGUGUGGUCAGCCGCGGCCGGGGCGCUGGUGCUGGCGGCGGCCGCGGCGGCGCUGGCGGCGUGCGACGGCGCGGGGGCCGCGCCUGCGGGCGGCUGCCCGUGCUUCGUGUUCGGCUGCCUGGCGGACUGCUCGCGCGUCGCGUCCCCCCUGGCGGUGCCCCCCUGCGUGCCCCCCGGCGUCGCGACGCUGCGCCUGUCGUGGCGCGCCGCCCCCCUCGUCGAGCUGCCAGCGGACGCCCUCUCCAGGACGCCGCUGCUGAAGCGCGUCGAGGCGCGGGCGGUCGCCGACCUCGCCACCGUCGACGAGAGCGUCUUCUCCGUCACUCCCCACCUGGAGUACCUGCAGCUCACAGGGAGCAAGGUGUCACAGUUGCUGCCAGACACGUUCGCAGCGAAUCGCAACCUGUCUGCGGUGGACCUGAGUGACAACCAGCUGGACGGACUGCCCGCUGAACUGUUCAGACACAACGCGCUGCUCACCCAGCUGAAGCUAUCCGGGAACCACAUCGAGACCCUGCACGUGGACACCUUCAAGGCCAACAGGUUGCUGCAGGAGCUGGAUCUUUCGGACAAUCCACUGCUGGAGCUUCCAGCGGGUCUCCUCCAGCACUGCCCGCACCUGCGCUCGCUGAACUUCUCCAGGACGCGCGUCUCGGCACUGCACCGCACGGCGUUCUCCAGGAACGCUGGCCUGGAGUCGCUGGACCUCUCCAGCAACAGCCUCCAGGCGCUGCCUGCGGCGCUGCUGCCCAACCACGGCCGCCUCUCCAGGCUGGACCUGUCCAGCAACCAGCUCCGCUCCAUCCCGGAGAAGCUCUUCAGCGCCACGGGCAGUCUGCGGCUUCUCAACCUCAGCCACAACGAUGUGCACUUCUUGCCGCCUGCAAACCUCCGGAGGACUCCAGAGCUGCAGGUGCUGGAUGUUUCCUGGAACCAGCUGCGUACCCUGCCCAGGGAGUUGUUAUGGUGGGCUCCAGCGCUGGAAGAGCUCCGCCUCGCUGGAAACCGUAUUUCCAGUGUGCACCCGGAGACACUUUCUGGGAAUCCCAGGCUCAGGCUCCUCGACCUGUCACACAACCUGAUGGAAGAGCCUCCUGGUGACUCCACACUCAGCCACAAUACGGCGCUGCGGUCGCUCGACCUGUCCCACAACCAGCUGACGCGCCUCUGCCGGCGCCUGUUGGAACCUGCGUGGAACUCUCUGCAGGUUCUCCGCCUCACAGGGAACAGAAUCUCGGCCCUCACCUGGCCGAGCAUGCGGCCGCGGUCGCUGCAGUCGCUCGAGAUGGAAGGCAGCCCCUGCAGCUGCUCCGCGAAAUUCGUCAGGCUCUUCACACCUCCAAAGAUACCACAGAUCAAAAUAGAGGGCAUCAUCACCAAGCCGAGGGCGGCUAAGGGAAAGAAGAAAGGCUUCGUGAGUGCUGGGGAAAUGGAGGACACUGGCGUGACUGCUGGUAAUGCCACCAACAUGGCGGUCCUUCAGUCCAGCAUCAGCGCAAGUGGCGACCCCUCCAGGAGCGAGGCGGGAGUUGCGGGUUCUGCAUCCUCUGCAGCCACACCAACAGCGGGUAGUGAGGUGGACGACAGUGCGAAGAACGCCGUUUCCAGGAUGAAGAGGGACGGCAAGAAGAUCGUCUUCUGUCCGUAUGGCACAGCGUUCAACGCCGCCGGCGCUGAAAGCUGGGCCACAGUCUGCAAGAGGAACGGGACGCGCAGGAACACCCUGAGGAGGAGUCCCAGGAGCGUCUGGGCCUCCCCGGUCAGUGGAGAACAUUUCCCGACAGCAGAAGUUUCGGGUGCUGUGCCUCAUUCUAGGCGUGUGACGUUUGGCGUUUCGGCGUCCUUCCCGUCGUACGUCGUCAGGAGGCAGAGGCGUGCCGUUCUGGACGACUGCCCCGCCUCUUGCGGUGGGCUGCACGAAGCAGGCUGCGACAGCUCAGCUUGCAGUGUUGGCAGCCCAGCCACAAGUAUCACAGUAGUUGGUGCUACGUUCGUUCUGGCAUCUCUGCGGAUGCGACUUGUGUGAACGAGUGGGUGCUGCAAAAAUAUCCACAUGCUGGUCCUCUCGCUUAAGGGGGGAAGGGCAUCAAAUGGGCCGACUUGGAGCAGGAGAGGCACCACAGGACAUUUUAAUUUCCACUGUCUAUGCUUUUACAAAUAAAUCCAUAAAACUAUGUCACCAUAACCAGGAAGGAUUCA